CAGGUUGAUUCAAUUGCUCAUCGCCCUGCGUAAUAUCGUCUCGGUAUCAGAAGCCUCUUAUCUGGCGCCGGCGGUCUAAACGCCUCCCUGCUGGCGCGGAAGCUAUCGCGGGAUUUUGGCCAGCACCAAGAAGGCGGCCUAUGCUUGUCCGACACAGCAAUACUGCCGCGAAGGAAAAUGACUUAUUACUCCGCCCGUCUGCCCGACCACGGAAUGGUGUGGAGUCUUAUUCAGAGAUCCCCCAUUGGGGCGUCCACAGGCUGGCUUCGGUGGCUUGUCGUUGCGUGCUUGACUAGAACUCGCCGCAUUAUCGCAGCCAUGUAACGCAGCAUCCGGUCAGUCCAACACGCGAUGCCCAGCCUCAUCUCGCCCAAGUACCCACAGCGCCUGUCCUUGGCCUCUAUGCUGGGCCCCGCCCGCGCCUGUUUUUGCCACAGCUCAAAGCCAUUUCCGCUGGGAUCCCGAUCAUACCCGCCGUUCGCCGCUCUACCCUGCGGCUUUAGCUUUAUUGUCGUGCGUCGCGGAUCGACCUAUGAUGCAGACGUUUCUGGUCUCUCCCCGGAUGGGCAACCCUUGUAAAUGCUACCCUUCGGCUGUCCUAGUCAAUUCGGCGACAGCGUUGCCUUGUUUGCCUCCUGUCGGAUUCGCAUCUUGUUGGACAGCUUUUGGGAGGCGAUAUGGGGUGAUGGGCGCGAUGCUCUGAUACUCGUCAACAAAAAAGACGCAGGCCCCGUCUUAACUUUGCAUGAAUUUCCUAUGUGAUUUCAUCCGUGCGUUUGUGCCUGACUCAUUCUGU